AUGUCAAACUACUACGGCGGAGGCCCUCCUCCUCCUGAUCAGUACAACUCUGGUCCGCAAGGUGGACACCCUGGAUAUUACGGGCAACCCCAACCACAGGGCGACUAUCCCUCUCAAGGUUAUCCGCCUCAAAACUAUCCACCGGGAGAUCAGUAUGGGCAGGCUCCGUAUGGGCAGCAGGGAUACUAUCCACCCCAACAGCAGCAGCAACCCCCGUAUGGCUCUUCGUCUCCAGCCCCUUCCGGACAGGGAUAUGACAACUGUGCCCCAUCCUUCGGUGCAUACCCCUCUGAAAAAGCUGGCGGAGAGAAUGCCAACUACUAUGGAAACCAAGCACCACCAACAUCUGGCACACCCGGCGGACCCGGUGGGCACGGCGGACCAGGAGGGGAAAAAGGGUUAGCUUCAACCCUCCUCGGGGGUGCUGCUGGGGGGUUUGUAGGCCAUAAGCUUCAAGGUGGUAUGUUGGGAACUCUGGGGGGUGCUGUUGUUGGUGCUGUGGGCGCAAACGCUGCAUCCCAUGCAGUUAAAAAGCAUAAGAAGAAGGACAAGGAGAAGCACGGAAAGAAGAAGAAGGAUAAGAAGUACAAGAAGGGCAAGAAGGGCGGCAGUUCGAGCUCUUCAAGCAGCAGCAGCAGUGAUAGCGACUAG